GGGCAAAGGGGAGAAGCGGUUAGGGGCAAGGCAAUAUGGAGAAAAGUGGAAAUAUUAAAUUUUCGUUUGAUGCGAUGACGUAUAUCUCUCGAGAUUGAGAACACUCAAAGAAGACAACACAAACCAACCCAAACCCCCAAUUUCUCGCUUCCAAUGGAGGAGAAACGCCGCGAUGCCGCACCUCCACCUCCUUCCGCCACCGCUGAUUCACCCGCAUCUGAGCCUACAUCCACGCGCCGCCGUGCCGGAGCUCAGAAGCGUAAGGCCAGCUCCCUCUCCGGAAAUUCCUCCUCCUCCACGCCUUCCAAGCGCGUCACUCGCGACAAGCCCUCACCUCUCCACCACCACACUCCUCCCCUUCACCACAAUGGUCCUCUCACUAGGGCGCGUCAAAUCCCCGCCUCCGCCGCCUCUGCGUCGUCUUCCGCGCCCGGUUCUGCCGCUGCUUCUGCUUCUGCUCCGCCGGCUGUGAAGCACUCGGAGCGCUGUUUAGGCGCGGACGCGGUGGCGCUGGCUGAGGAGAUCAGGAAGGCGAGCGAGCGGGAGUCUCUGGAAGCUUCGAUGGAAGCUGCUUUCGAAGCUAUCAGAUCUCGUGGAACUGAUUCUCAUGUCGUUCCGAGUCAUUGCGGUUGGUUUUCAUGGACUGAUAUUCAUCCAAUUGAAAAGUUUAUGAUGCCUUCUUUCUUUAAUGGCAAAACUGAAAGUCGUACUCCUGAUAUAUACAUGGAGAUAAGGAAUUGGGUAAUGAAGAAGUUUCAUGCAAAUCCCAACACACAAAUAGAAGUGAAAGAUUUGUCAGAGAUUAAUGUUGGAGACUUGGAUUCUAGGCAAGAGAUAAUGGAGUUUUUGGACUAUUGGGGUCUAAUUAAUUACCACCCUUUCCCAUCUAUGGGUUCUGCUGAUGCCAGUACAAGUGAUGAUGGGGAGGCGGAAAGGAAUUCCUUGCUUGAAAAAUUGUACUAUUUUGGAAUGCACCAAUUGUGUCCGCCUGUUGUUCAAAAGGCUAGCCUAAUGACUCAAGCUACGACCUCUGGCUUGUUUCCGGAGUCUGCAAUUGCUGAAGAAUUGGUGAAACAAGAGGGGCCAGCAGUUGAGAUGCUUGAGUAUCAUUGCAACUCUUGUUCGGCUGAUUGUUCCCGCAAGCGUUACCAUUGCCAGAAGCAGGCAGAUUUUGAUCUAUGUUCCGACUGCUUUAAUAAUAGAAAGUUUGGCUCCGGGAUGUCCUCAUCGGAUUUUAUACUCAUGGAACCAGCUGAAGUUGCAGGAGUUAGUGGUGGAAAAUGGACUGAUCAGGAAACCCUCUUGCUUCUUGAAGCACUAGAACUGUAUAAAGAAAAUUGGAACGAAAUUGCAGAGCACGUUGGCACAAAAUCAAAAGCUCAAUGCAUUUUGCACUUUGUUCAAAUGCCUAUUGAGGAUGCCUUUAUGGAUUGUAAAGAUGAUGUUGAAACCAGUUGUAAAGAAACAGCAGAUCCAGCUGCAACUAACAAUGAUGCAUCUGCAAAUAAAGAUGCUUCUGAAUGUAAUGAGAAUAACACUGGUGAUAAUACUGAAGGCCAUGGUGAAGCUUCUAAGUCUGAAGAGGUUAAGGCAAAAGUAGAUCAGGAGAUUCCGAAUCAAGAGGAUGGUGUGGGUGAGAAAACCUGUGAGGGAACUUCUAAAUCAGAAGAUGCCAAUAAAGUCAAAAUUUGUCCAGAAGAAGGCAAUGACUGUGCCCUGAUUGCUCUCAAGGAAGCAUUUGUAGCUGUUGGUUAUUCUCCUGAACCUGAAGGCCCAUCUUCAUUUGCUGAAGUUGGUAAUCCUGUCAUGGCAUUGGCAGCUUUCCUCGCACGCCUGGUGGGUCCUGAUGUGGCUGUUGCUUCAGCUCAUACCGCCUUAAAAUCCAUUUUGGGAAAUUCUCCUGGCACCGAGCUUGCUGCAAGGAAUUCUUUUAUUCUGGGAGAUCAACCAGAUAAUAAGGAACCAACUACGAGGAAUUCUAAAAAUGAGGAAGGCCAGGAUGGGGUAAAUGCAAAGCAGGAUAAACCAAUCUCAGAGGACAAAGAUUUAGCGAAUGAUCACAACAACAUGGAAAUUGAAGAUAAUGUUCCAGAAGAUAAGAAACAGCUAGCUUCUGAAAAUGGAGACUUGGAAAAAUCAAAUACUUCAAAGGAGCAAGCUAUUAUCAACCAUGAGGGUGGACUUGACAAUGGUAACGGCUCCAGCAAUUCGAAGCUACCCAAUGAUCAAGCACCAUCCACUCUGCAUGAUUCUGGUGGUUCAACAUCCAAGGCUGAAAAUCCACCUAGUUCUGAGGAGCUACAAGAGCGAAGUUUGAAUAAAGAACUGUCCCAUUCAGAAGUGGAAACAAAGGACAUGCCUGCUUCGGACUUGUGUCUGUCGGACAAGAAUGGUCUUCGGCAGUCUGUUAAAGCUAAUCUUGCAGGAAACCAUCCAGAACCAGUAGAGAAAACAAAGAAUACUGAUGUUGUGUCUGAUUCUGUGCCCUCAGACAAGGACAAGUCACAAACGCUAUCUUCAAGUUCUGCUGGUGACACUCUGCAAAAGAAAGACUCCGUAAUGGAUGUUGAGCUGCCAGAGAAAAGUGAAUCUCAGCCACCAUGUGCUUCAGUUUCAACCGAACAUAAUGGGAAAGAAAAUGAUGUGGAUAUGAUGUCUCCUUCACAUCCAGUUGGAACAAUUUCUGGUGCUGAAAAUGGCACAAAAGCAGGCAAAGAUCAAACAGAGAAUGGUGCAAAAGGAGAAGACGAUAGGACGGAGAAGAAAGAUCAUAACAAUUUUGAGAAAGUAAAAUGUGCUGCAGUCACAACACUUGCUGCAGCAGCAGUAAAGGCAAAAAUUCUAGCAAAUGAGGAAGAGGACCAAAUCCGAGAACUUGCUUCUUCAUUGAUAGAAAAGCAGUUGCAUAAGUUGCAAGCAAAGUUGGCUUUUUUCAGCGAUAUGGAGAACUUAGUAAUGAGGGUAAGGGAACAUUUGGAGCGAUCACGGCAUAAGCUUUUCCAUGAGCGUGCUAUGAUAAUUGCUUCCCGGCUUGGUAUACCACCUUCCUCAUCUAGAGGUGCACCACCAAACUUGCCAGCCAAUAGAAUUCCUAUGAAUUUUGCAAACUCGCUCCCAAGACCACAAAUGAUGAUGAAUCCCCAAAGACCACCAAUUCCUCGACCUUUUAGCACGGCAGCUGCUACCAUUCCAAACCCAUUAGCAUCUGCAACUGCAGCAGGAAAUGCAGUUCGGCCACCGAGCCAGGAAAAACUUUCGUCUGUUGGGACAAAAUAAAUGUAGACUACAUAUGGAAGAAAAUAGUUAUAGUCGUCUUACUUACUGAUCACCUGCCACCACUUUGACAAUUAUUUGAUGCAGUCAAUUUGACGAAGGUCAAGUGCUGGUGAGGACUAACUCUAAAUUGACAGCUAUUGGGAGCUCAGUGACCACAAUAGUGCAUUGUUGUAGGCUCAUCUUUUCUAUAUAUAAUGAGUGGCUAGAAAUGAGAGGAUGAAAUAUUUAGUGAUACGAUAUAUAUUUGAAUUUGUAGAGGGCAAUUGGUUUUGUAGUUUUGAGGAUGGUUUGAUAACUUGAACAAGUGGAUAGUUGUGCAAAACUGGUGCGUUCAAUCCCUGUAACUUAAAAAUGCUAUUUACUAUUUCAUUAUUGGUUAGGAGCAGCAUAUGGAAAUUUGGGCGACUUUAUUAAAGAAUAUUUUCACAA